AUGGCCCCAGUCAAGACUCUCCCAAGUGAAGUGAAAGGUGGUCUUGCCGGUGUCAAGCUUUUCGGCAAGUGGGACGCCCAAGACGUCGAAGUCAAGGACAUCUCACUUACUGACUACAUUCAAGUCCGUCACCCAGUCUACCUCCCACACACCGCUGGUCGUUACGCCGUUAAGCAAUUCAGAAAGGCACAAAUGCCAAUCGUUGAGCGUCUUGUCAACUCAAUGAUGAUGAACGGCCGUAACAACGGUAAGAAGCAAUUGGCUGUCCGUAUCGUCCAACACGCUUGUGAAAUCAUUCACUUGCUUACCGACCAAAACCCAUUGCAAGUCAUCGUUGACGCUGUUGUCAACACUGGUCCACGUGAAGACUCAACCAGAAUCGGUUCCCAAGGUACCGUUCGUCGUCAAGCUGUUGAUGUCUCCCCACUCCGUCGUGUCAACCAAGCUGUUGCUUUGCUCACCGUCGGUGUUCGUGAAUCAGCUUUCCGUAACGUCAAGUCUGUCUCUGAAUGUCUUGCUGACGAGCUCAUCAACGCUUCAAAGGGUUCAUCAAACUCAUACGCCAUCAAGAAGAAGGAUGAACUCGAACGUGUUGCCAAGUCAAACCGUUAA